CUGAGAUUCACACACAGCAGCUGAAAGCAUCAGCGGGACAAGUAGCGCGCGCUGUCGGUCAGCAAACCGAGCUGUGCGGAGUAAACGCGACAAAUCGCCACGCGUUCUCGCACCGACAGCAAGAGAACACACGCGUGUUUCGAAUUGAAUUGUUUUUUUUUCCGAAUUUAUUAUUAUACACGAGUGACUAAAUUUUAAAAAGCAAUUUCUAUUCUCACUCACUCACUCUCUCUCUCUCUCGGUCAGGGAGACUAAAAGAAAAUUUUCUUUAAUUGUUUACAAAUUGUUUUUAUUUAACGAAAUUUUUUUGGUGGCGUUUUUUUUCAUGAUGAUGAAUUCUUUCAGUGACACGGAGUAAAUAUAUAAGUGUGCAAUAAUAAUUCUUUACGUUGGGUUUUCGUUAAGUAAUUUAAAUGUCUCUGUGAAUAUUUCUUUAAUAAUUGUUUAAAGUUCUUUGAAUAAUUUUCUAUACGGUAUACACAGUGAUUUUCUCUCUCAGUAUUUUUCUUGUAAGGAAAAAUUUUUUUUUCCAGUAGAUACGAGAGUGUUUUUCUUAUUGCAAGAAAAAAAUUUUCGCGCUAAAAAAAAUAGAAACGACAGUGUUUUUUUAGUACAUGAACUGUUUUAUAAAAAGUUUAUUUUCGCAGCUAAAAAAUAGCGACAGUGUGCGGUUUUUGAUAUUAUUAUUAUUUAUAGCUGAGUGUUUAUAAUUAGACUCGCGAGAAAGAAAAGAGCGAGAUUUUGGGGGUAAAGUGAAUUAAUUUUUGAUUGACAAGUGAAGAAGAGAACAUUGGAUUCAGUGGUUUCCGGAACGCGAGUAGGGAACUUAGCGUCGGCCGUCGGCUACUCUUGAGACAAAAGUGUGGAAAGGCCCGAAGAUUCUGCCGUCGCAGCAACUGGGCGCUGCGGUCGCUCCAUGGCCGGGCGCCACCGGCCUUUUAGCCUCCGUCACCGCAGACGAUAUGGCGCACAAGGGUCACAGUGGGGUUAACCAGCUGGGUGGCGUUUUCGUUGGCGGUCGACCAUUGCCCGAUUCAACGAGGCAAAAGAUCGUCGAGUUGGCUCAUUCGGGAGCGAGGCCCUGUGACAUAUCAAGAAUUCUGCAGGUCAGCAAUGGAUGUGUCUCGAAGAUCCUUGGCAGGUACUAUGAAACGGGUUCAAUUAGACCGAGGGCAAUUGGCGGCAGUAAACCUCGAGUUGCAACUGCAGAGGUCGUCAGUAAAAUUUCCCUCUACAAGAGCGAGUGCCCCUCGAUUUUUGCCUGGGAGAUUCGAGAUCGUCUACUGCAGGAAGGAGUCUGUACCAAUGACAACAUCCCAAGUGUUUCGUCGAUCAACAGGGUGCUGAGAAAUCUGGCUGCCCAGAAGGAGCAGAGGCAACAACAUCAACAACAACAACAAGGUGUGGGAGGUGUGGGCGUCGGUGUAGGGUCGGCCAGUCCAGCGGAAAGUGUCUACGAUAAACUAAGGCUGCUCAACGGUCAAUCUACCGGCUGGCCGAGACCUAAUCCAUGGUAUCCGUCCGGAGCAGGGAGUCCAUUUCCAACGUUGCAACCAAGUCUGAGUCCUAGCCAUUGUACAGCAUUGCCUCCAGACACGGCGGACAUUCUCCACGCGAAGAAAGUUGCCGAUUUGGAGGGAGGAGCACAUUCGGACGAGACAAACAGCGGAGGCGACAACAGCAAUGCUGGCAGCGUUUCCGGUGGCACUGAUGAUGACCAAGCACGCUUACGCCUUAAAAGAAAACUCCAAAGGAAUCGCACGAGCUUUAGCAAUGAGCAGAUCGACGCCCUCGAGAAGGAAUUCGAGAGAACUCACUAUCCGGACGUGUUUGCCAGGGAGAGACUCGCCGGCAAGAUCGGUCUACCAGAAGCGCGAAUACAGGUCUGGUUUUCGAAUCGUCGUGCAAAGUGGAGGCGCGAGGAGAAAUUGAGAACACAGAGGAGGGACAAUCCACAGCAGCAGCAACAUUCGGGUUUAGUUGGUGGACAUCCCACACCGCCGCCUUCGAGUAUCAUCAGUGGACAACCUCCACCACAGGCGCCACCUUCACCUCCGAGGAUACAUCACGGUUUUGCUCCUUCGGUGUAUCCGGGAAUUCCCAGCAUGCCCGACUCGUACAGUCCAAUGACGUCGAUGCCGAGUUUCACGAUGUCGGGAGCGAGUCAGCAGAACCAGCACACAACCAGCAUGUCUUCAUUGUCGUCCGGCGGCGGAAUGGGUCCAAUGGGAAUGACGGUGGGAAUGACAGUGGGGCCCAGUCCGGGAGCGUGUCUUCAGCAGCGCGACAACGGCUACUCCUGCGGCGUCGCGAGACCGUCGAGCUACGAGCCACUUCACUUGGGCUACGGGGCCAGGCCCACUUGCAGUCCGACUCAGCCGUAUCACACCGCGGGCCUUAAUCAGUACAACCAGAACGCCACCUCCACCGGUUUAAUAUCACCCGGUGUGAGCGUGCCAAUCGCAGUGCCAGGGCAACCAGCACCAGAUAUGGCUGCACAAUAUUGGUCUCCAAGGUUGCAGUGACCGUGGUGGUCUUCUACAUCGACCUCCACCUCGUAGAUCUUCAUUUUAUCUCAUCACCAAAACGAUUUUUUUUCUAACACCAAAAAAAAUCGAAACUUACAGAUAAAAUGUUGCACUCUCCAAGAUGAAGGUCGUCUUAAAUAAUAGUCGAUUUGGUCUCGCGUCUCUUCACAAAAAAGAAAACCAAUUCUUAAAUUUAAAAAAAAGAAUGUAGCAAAAUUAAAAGAAAAAAAAAUUUUUUCACAUUAGGAACAAAUUGUACGUAACUAGUUAUUGAAAGUAUCUUUUUUAAAAAAAAUCACACAACUAUAUAUAUAUAUUCAAUACCAGUGGCAAAUUUUAGUUCUUUCACUUUUGUGAUUUUUUUUUUAAUAAACUUCUUUUUGGGAGUUUUUUUUUUUAAUAGGAUAUAUGUGUAAAAUAAUCAGACUUUUUAAUACGAUAUGUAUAAGUCACCGUGAAAUGACGCUUAAGUCGCGGCCAAUACGUACAUACAAAUAAUUUAGUUAGGCAAAAAUGGAUUUUUUCGGCCCAAGCGGCACACAUAAAUUGGUACAAAUUGAUCUUUGAUUGAUGACCGAUGACACUAAAAAUGCCGAUAAAAAAAAAUUAGUAGCUCGAUCGAUAAUUACUCACUUUUUUCUUGAAAAAAAAAAAUAAUAAAGAGUAAUUUUACUCUGUGAGCUUAAAAAAAAUACAACUCUGCGAUCUGUUAUAACAUUAUUAAUUGUAUUAUCAUUGUAACGACUGCAAUUGUGUCAAAUACGCACCCCAGUAAUUUAUAGCACACAGUAACUUAUCCUUUCCCUGUAAUUUCAUCACAUUAAACUAAAUCAAUGUUAUUUACUCACUUUUUUCGUGCCAGAAGCUUCGAAACGGUAAAAUCAGUUUUCGAAAAAAAUGGGUUCAAAAGGCAUCAAAUGCUUAGAACCUUGUGUUUAUAAAAAUCUGUUUUUUCGAUUAAAAACUUUUUCAAGUUGCUAAUUCAGGGUUGCCACAAAAAAUUUGUUUUUUCCUGAUUUUUUCUGAUUUCUAGGCAAGAUUUUAACUUUUUC